GCUUAUUCUAGAUUUGAUAAAUUCGAUUGGUUCUUCUACUUUGCCCUCAUCUUCCUCCUUCUUUUUUUUUAAAAAAAAAAAGAAAGAAAAGAAUAAUAAAAAUCAAGUACAUACCUAACCUAUCCAAGUACCUGCCUAAGGUAAGUACCUAAAACUUGACUUACCAUCAUCGUCGUCGUCUAAUGUCACACAAACGCUAACACGCACAGCUGCAACGGCAUCCCGUCACUUGUAAUAUUUCAAAAAUUGACGCCACAGUAGCAUUUUCAUUUUCCAAUCGCAACACAGUCACUCAAUUUUCAACAAAAGUUUUCAGUUUGUGUUGUGUUGUGUUAUGCUGUGCCAUCCAUCAUCUGCACCCCAUCUCGCACAACAACACCCCCAAUACUACCUAAUCCUCUUCCUUGCAGACCCCUCACAGACAUCCAUCCUGCCAUCUCAAACAAUUUCCACCAAUCAAAGGACACGCGAGGGUUCGACAAAACGAAAACGAAGCAUGUCGGAAACUCCCACCAGACCCGGAGAGAGCAGCGACAGCCCCACAGUCGCCGAUGCCGUGGCUGGUACCGAUACGAGCACAAGCGUAAGCACCAAGGUUCGACAGGACCCUCUUCUCCACGAGGAUGUUACCGAGAACGCCGUCGACGACUCCGAGGACCUUCCGGAUGACGAUUGCAUACAGGCUACCCAGACCAAAAACUACACCCAGCGACACCACAACAACAGACCGCCGGGAAGACUCGGCCGAGCCCAGGAGCUCGUGCCUUUCCCGUUCCUACCGAAUGUUCGCCCGCUAACCAUUUCGGACCUGGAGAGCUGUGUCGCGCUGGAAAAUGCGGCCUUUGCGGACCCGGCGCAUCGAUGUACGAGGGAAAAGUUCGAAUACCGUCUCUCGGCGUGUCCAGAGCUAUGCCUCGGUCUCUUCUGCACCAUCCCCCCUAAUAAACUUGGCAAUUUCGACAUCGACACAUUCCCCUCGGCUCACCCUGUCGAGACGGGUCGCGAAGAUGGAGCGAAGAGCGUCCUGAUGGCGCAUAUCGUGUCAACGCGAUCGCACAACGACGUUGUCACUGAUAAGAACAUGGAUUAUCCUCGUGACUUCCGCACUAAUAAGCGCAAUACCACCGACCUGGGCCACCAGGAGGGCGGUAGCACCGUUUGCAUCCACUCAUUCGCUGUCCAUCCCAAGCUUCAAGGUUGCGGCCUCGGCAAGAUCCUGAUGAAGUCGUAUCUUCAGCAGCUUAGAAAUUCCGACUGCGCCGAGCGCUGCUCGCUGAUUUGCCAGGACUACCUGAUUACAUUCUAUGAGCGAUUCGGCUUCUUGCACCAGGGGCCAAGUUCGUCGAGGUUCGCCGGUGGAGGUUGGCACGAUAUGUCGCUCAGCAUCAUUGGAUUGCCAUCUUAUUCCGCGAAACCACCUUCGCGACGCUAAAUUACAUUUCGGGCUUUUUACUCAGUGAUAUUUAUGUCGACCCAGGUGGUAUAUUGGAGUAAGCUGAGAUUUGAGUUGAGCUCGCACAAGCAACAGUUUGCGAGUUCUGAUACCCAAUCACGGAAGAAGGUUGCCGGCAAAAGAGAAAAGGAGUAAAGGAAAAAAAAUGUUUCGCCACUUACAUAUGCGAGCUCGGCGGACAGACAGGACAUGCUGAGCCUUUUAUCAUCCAACUGCAGCGAUUUUUAUGCAGUUUACUCCUAUGGUUUCAUGUGGAACGAGGACUUUUUCGGCAUUUGCAUAGCAUGAAAUCAUCAUUUAUGAAAGCUACCUCCUACCUAGGGCUAGGAAGUGAGCAUAUAGACAGAGAGGGGGGUUAGCUACCUAGUUACAUGGACUUCUGGCUAGGUCCCUAGAGGGAGGUAGAUAGAUAGGUACUUUAGGUAAGUAGGUACCUAGUUAAGUAGGCGAUACCUAUCUAUGCGACGUGCAUUUUGCCGUUGAUUGAUUUAUCAACUUUAUUGAAACCAACUAUAAAUAACUCUCUUUCGUAGUCCUAUCGAUGCGCGAUGCGUUGGGGUUUUGUGACGGGAUCUCCUUUUUAUACGGUUGGUUUACUACCUACCUAGGUUAAGUUAGGUAGAUUAUUAUACCGUACCUAGGUGAGUACCUAAUGUACGCACUUAUAGCCCCUCGAUGGGGAAUAAGGAUUGCCUGAGAUGGUAAU